AAGUGAAGAAAUUGGCUCAAGUGUUUACAGACUUGAGAAUUAGGUGAAGACAAUUGGCCAAUGAGUGUGCCAAAUAAAGGAGAUUUCAGUUUUGGUAAUUGUGUCUGAUGUAGAGAACUGUGUGUAGUGUCUCAUGAAAUUUGCAUUUUGAAAUUCCAUACUGAGUGUUAUGCUGAAAAUAUGCUUGUAGAUCUGCAGACUUGGUCAAAAGAUUUGGUACACGGAUAAAUGGUCUCAGUGAUUGAGUCUCAAGUGCCAGUUUAUGUGUGUUUAUGAUCAGAAAAUAAACUGUAAAUAGGCUACUUAAUUAAAUUAUCAAUCAGUAAGCAAGAGGAAGAAAGAGGUAUUGUCAAGGAUAAAGGUGGGCAUAUCAUAUGCUACUGACACGUUAAUAUUUAAUAAGCAAUCCAUUGUAUUUAACCAUUAAAUGUAUGCAAUGCAGUUUAAAAGUUAUGCUCAGGAAUUCAAAAAAAUGAACUGAGUUAAGGACUCCAUAAAAUCCAUUUUUGUCUUCUGAAAUUUCCUCUGUUACUGUUCUUUCACUUAGUUGCUGUUAAUCCUGUAGCAUCUAUCAUUUUUCAAUAAUUGUCUGUAAAAUGCUUUGAAGUACAAAGUGAACUGCUGAUAAGAACUAUCCCUGACUCUGAGUGGUAAAACAAGCAUGCCUUGCUAUAUACUUCUGACUGACUUUAGAAGUAUAUGGGUAUGUAUAUGAACUCCUUUAGGGGACAGGUAAUACUGUAUUGCUGUUAGAUGCAUGACAUCCUCCACCAGGAAGAAGGUUGGUGGAGGAAUCUAGAAGGAUUUAGAUUAAUGUACCCCAGAUCAAAUACAAAAGAUUGCAUUUGGGGAGAGGAACAUAAGGAAUAAAAGCUGUGUAAAUGUAGAUGAUCAGUUGGCCAGGUGGAAAGCUGACCAGAGAGAAUCAAGACUUCAUUUAACUACAUUUAACUACAAGAUUAAGAACUGCCUGAGGAACUGAACAUUUAAAACUAUCAAGCUGUAUGGUUUGGGUAAAUACAGUUUAAUUUGCUUUUGCUAAAGGCACUAACUAUAAUAUUUAAAAAUUUUAACUUAUUGAACCUGUUUUCCUGUUUAUUAAUUUUGCUCUAGUUUAUCACCAAGGCCUGGGAAACCGAGUUCUUUUUUCAGCUAGGUCACUGAAUAUUCCUAAAGGUUGAUAAGUGUAAGGAUAGACGAACAGGAGAAGCAAUGCAGAUGUGAUAUAUAGCUGUGGUCCACAGGAGAAGACUCUGUGCAUUUGAUAAAUGGGGAUUUAUAUUUUAAGGAGUGGUGUCCCCAAAACCUAUCCCAUGAUAAAACAGUUGGUGCUGCAAGGGAGCAGACAGGGUCAUUUGUGAUAAAACAAUGCAGAACAACAAAGACAGUUAGUGGUAUGAUGAUAUCAUCAGUAAAUGCAAUGCUAACUGGUAGAUGACAGUUAUCACUAAAAACAUACUGAGUAUAAGACUUAAAAUAUUAUUGCAUGAAAAUGCUAAAACCAUGACCUUCUAGACCAUGCUAAAACAAACUGUUGCUGUUGCUCUUUAUGUACUACUUUUCUUUCUGUACAGUUCACUGUAAGGAAUUUGACAAAAAUUUUUCAACCAGUUCAGUGGAGUUACAGAAUUCAACAUCCCCUGCCAUGGAAUUCUGGGAAAGGCGAGUCCUUAACAUAUCAGGAGGAAUUGAAGAACUUGGCAGUUUACACUGGGAGAUGGCUCUCUGCCUCUUGCUUACUUGGAUCAUCUGCUAUUUUUGCAUCUGGAAGGGAGUCAAAUCGACAGGCAAGGUAGUAUACUUUACAGCAACAUUCCCUUAUGUCAUGUUGCUCAUACUCCUUGUGAGAGGACUGACACUGCCUGGAGCCAAAGACGGGAUCAUCUUCUACUUGUAUCCAGAGCCAUCUCGACUUGCAGACCCAGAGGUAUGGAUGGAAGCUGGAACACAGAUUUUCUUCUCUUAUUCUGUCUGUUUUGGCGGCCUAACAGCACUCAGCAGCUACAACAAGUACAACAAUGACUGCUACAAGGAUUGCAUUUAUCUGUGUCUAAUGAACAGUGGCACAAGCUUCUUGGCCGGGUUUGUUGUUUUCUCCACACUGGGUUUCAUGGCAUAUGAACAAGGAGUGCCCAUCAAAGACGUGGCUGAGUCUGGUCCCGGUCUCAUCUUUAUCGUGUACCCUAACGCCAUUUCCAUGAUGCCUCUUCCUCAGUUCUGGGCAUUCUGUUUGUUUCUCAUGGUAAUAUUACUUGGACUGGACACUGAGUUUGUCAGCUUGGAAACCUUUAUGACAAUCACUAUGGACAUGUUUCCCAUACUACUAAAAAAGAAAAGAAUGAAGCAGAUGGUUCUGGUUAUCACCUGCAUCCUCUCCUUCAUGAUUGGACUUCUGAUGGUUACAGAGGGUGGUGUAUAUAUCUUCCAUCUUGUCGAGCACUAUGCUUGCAGUGGGACAUGCCUCCUGUUCAUUGCAAUUGUUGAAUCUAUUUGCAUUGGCUGGGUGUAUGGUGCUGACCAUCUUUAUGACAACAUUGAAGACAUGAUUGGAUAUCGACCCUGGCUCAUUAUUAAAUACUGUUGGACCUUCUUGACGCCAGUUAUUUGCAUUGGCACUUUCAUUUUUUCCCUGGUGGAUUACACUCCUUUGAAAUAUAACAACACAUAUGUGUAUCCAUCUUGGUGCAAUGUCCUCGGAUGGCUCUUAUCUUUGUCCUCCAUCAUGCUGGUGCCCCUUUCUAUGGUAUUCAGAUUGAUUGUAGGAAAAGGAAAUCUGAAUGAGCGCUGCAGCCAGCUUAGCAAGUCCAGGCAAAAGCGUGAGGCUGGAGAAACACAGUAUUCUCUGAACCAGAACUUCAACGGCAGCAUGGAGGAACAGACUGACCUGUAAACCACAAAAAUCAAACUAUAAGGAUAUCUUGGAAAAAGUAUUCAAUAAAAAUCCUCUUUUUAAAAUUA